GCCUUUUCGCCGCCUUUCUUCCAUGAAAUUUAUAUUUAUCGAUAGGUUCGGAGCGGAAAUGAUGUCACCCCCUCCUCUCCUCCGCUUGAUUUUAUUUGAUCCUUCCAAAACACACAGUCGUACAUCUAGUUUUUCCCACAAUCAUAGAACGAGUCCUUUGCUAUCAUUACGAGUCUGUUUCGACUGAUUCCCAGGCAAUUUGCCUCUAAUCAUCUGCCUUCUCAGCCGUUGCCUUGUGAGAGACCCUCAUGGUUCUUGUUGCGCUACGUCCCUUUGUAAACCGCCCUCAUCUUUGCCUGUCUUUUCGCAAUACCCUGCAUCAGAUACAAGCUGUAAGAAUUCGGUCGGUUCACAUGGAUACUCAAUCAUCAGACUGUACGAAGGGGGUUUCACUGGCGAGGCUCCCAAAAUCCAAUACAUUUACAGCCAAGCUGCCACCAGACCCUGCCUUCGAGACACCCGAGAUCUCCCAUGGAGCCCCGAGGCAAGCUCUUGGCCCUCGCUUGGUGAGUGGCGCUCUGUACACCUUUGUUCGUCCCGAACCAGCCAAGAAAAUGGAGCUUCUGGGUGUCAGUCCCAAAGCAAUGGAAGAUCUGGGACUCGAGCCAGGUGAAGAGGUCACCCCUCAAUUCAAAGCAUUAGUCUCUGGAAAUCUUUUUUUUUGGGACGAAGAAAACGGAGGCAUCUACCCAUGGGCGCAAUGCUACGGAGGAUGGCAAUUCGGCUCAUGGGCUGGGCAGCUUGGAGAUGGGCGUGCUAUAAGCCUAUUCGAGUGCACCAACCCGAAAACGAACAUUCGAUAUGAACUACAGCUCAAAGGGGCUGGAAGGACCCCCUACUCACGCUUCGCAGAUGGAAAAGCAGUCCUGCGAUCUAGCAUUCGCGAAUUUGUCGUGUCGGAAGCCCUUUAUGCACUUAGCGUGCCAACUACUCGAGCCUUGUCGAUUACCCUACUACCUGAAUCCAAGGUUUUACGCGAGCGCAUUGAACCUGGGGCAAUAGUGGCCCGGUUUGCCGAAUCGUGGUUGAGAAUAGGAACGUUCGACCUUCUGCGCGCUCGCGGUGACAGGGAUUUAAUCAGACAACUGGCUACCUUUGUAGCUGAAGAUGUGUUCCACGGUUGGGAUGCUUUGCCUGCCGCAGUAUCGUUGGGUGAAAAUCAGCUCAUCGAUGCUAUUGAGAAUCCAGGAAGAGGAGUCCCGUGGAACGAAAUUCAAAAGCAUCAGGGGGUGGGAGAGAACCGGUUUGCGAGGCUGUACAGAGAGAUCGCACGACGAAAUGCAAGGACUGUGGCUGCCUGGCAAUCUUACGGCUUCAUGAAUGGCGUGUUGAACACCGACAACACAUCAAUAUAUGGUUUGUCGAUUGAUUUUGGCCCGUUCGCUUUCAUGGAUAAUUUCGAUCCUCACUACACACCAAACCAUGAUGACCAUUUGCUGAGGUACUCGUACAAAAACCAGCCAACAAUUAUAUGGUGGAACCUAGUCAGGCUAGGAGAGUCUUUAGGAGAGCUAAUGGGGGUCGGAGACAAAGUUGAUGAAGAAAGCUUUGUGAAAGAAGGGUUAACCGACGAUGCUGCUCCUCUCGUCGUCAAACAUGCUGAGGAUAUUAUCGAACGCACGGGCGAAGAGUAUAGGGUGGUAUUUUUGAGUGAAUACAAGCGGUUGAUGGCCAGAAGACUUGGACUAAAGACCCAGAAGGAGUCGGACUUUCAGGGUCUUUUUUCAGAAAUGCUUGACACGCUAGAGGCCUUAGAGCUUGAUUUCAAUCAUUUUUUCAGGCGGCUUUCUCACAUACCGCUCACUGACCUCGACACCGACGUAAAACGGAAAGAAGUCGCGCCAAUUUUUUUUCAUAACGAAGGGUAUGGUGGGGUCGGAUAUACAGAAGAUUCCGCAAAGGAGCGCAUCGGAAAUUGGCUUGAGCGCUGGAGACUGCGAGUUCUUGAGGAUUGGGGGCAUGGAAAUGAUGUAGAUCGGCAGAAAGCUAUGAAAGAGGUGAACCCGAAGUUCGUACCUCGCGGAUGGGUACUAGACGAAGUUAUUGAGCGAGUAGAGCGGCUGGGAGAUCGAGAAAUCCUUAGCCGCGUGAUGCAAAUGGCCCUGAAUCCCUUCCAGGAUGAAUGGGGCUGGAACAAAGAAGAGGAAGAACGCUUCUGUGGAGACGUUCCACGAUACAAGCGAGCCAUGAUGUGCAGCUGCAGUUCCUAAGACGAUUUAAACAACCUCGACAAUUACUCAAUUACAAUUCUUCUCCCCCUCAUUCGCGAAUAGUAUAUCUGUAUAUAACCCCAGUAGCGGUGUACAAAGAAUAGGUAAGAAAGUAGGGGGAGAGACUGAACGUGCUGUAGCC